GGAUGUGGCAUCGUCUGCGACUGCGCGGUCGCUGCGGACUUAAGUCACAGCACCGCUCCUGCCGCAGCUCACAGCUGAGAAGAAAAGGAUGGCCAAGUCCGGCGCCGCACCGACCAAAGUGCUCGUCUUCCGGGGCACAUUCAUUCAUGCCACCCCGUCAACUGCAGUGCAGAUCCUGGAAGACUCCCUGCUGGGGGUGGACGCCGAAGGAAAGAUAGCCUUCAUUGAAGGAAACGAGAAGUUGGACCGCCUUUCACAAUCAUUCGGAUUCUCCCCCUCUGAUGUCAUUCGACUAGAUAAACAUGAGUUCUUCAUGCCAGGGAUGGUGGACACACACAUCCACGCGUCUCAAUACAGUUACGCCGGCACUGCCCUGGACCUGCCCCUCCUUCAGUGGCUCAACACCUACACCUUCCCUGUGGAGUCAGGCUUCGAGGACCUGAAAGUGGCGAAUUCAGUCUACACUCAAGUGGUGAAAAGAACCUUGAAAUAUGGAACGACCACAGCGUGCUACUUCGCCACAAUACACACUGAUGCAUCUCUGCUGUUGGGCCAGAUCGCAAAUCAUUUUGGACAGCGCGCCCUCAUCGGCAAGGUUUGCAUGGACCGGAACAAUGCAGUGAAACAUUACAAAGAGACAAUGCAGGGCUCCAAAGAUGAAACGCUUCGGUUCAUUGCUGAGCUGUUGGAUAAAAAGUAUCCUCUGGUGAAGCCUGUGGUGACGCCCCGAUUCGCUCUCUCCUGCUCCAGUGCUCUUCUGGGACAACUGGGAGCAAUUGCCAAGAAUAAUAACCUGCACAUCCAGAGCCAUAUCAGUGAAACAGUAGAGGAAGUGAAGCUGGUGAAGGAGCUGUUCCCUGAUUCUGAGUCUUACACUGACGUUUACCGAAAGCACAACCUGCUGACAGACAAGACAGUGAUGGCCCACGGAUGUCACCUUAGCGAUGAAGAGCUGACAGUGUUCAGAGAAACUGGAGCGUCCCUGUCUCACUGCCCCAACUCAAACAUUUCAUUGUGCAGUGGACUGCUGGAUGUUCGGAAUGUCCUGAACCACAAGGUGAAGCUGGGACUGGGAACAGACGUGGCGGGUGGUUAUUCCUCGUCCAUGCUGGACGCUGUGAGAAGAACUUUGGACACGUCAAAGUGUUUGACCAUCCAGAAUCAGGAUUAUGACACUCUCACCUUCGAGGAAGCAUUUCGGCUGGCGACGCUUGGCGGCAGCCAAGCGCUGUCUCUGGAUGACCAAAUCGGAAAUUUCGAAGUGGGAAAAGACUUUGACGCCCUGAGAGUGAACGCUGCUGUUCCCAAUGGGCCCAUUGAUUUAUUCAAGGAGGAGGAUCCCAAGAUCAUUUUGGAGAAGUUCUUGAAUUUGGGGGAUGAUCGGAAUAUCGUAGAAGUUUACGUUGCUGGGAAGAAGGUUGUUCCAUUCGCAGACCACAAUUGAACGUCCUCGAGCUCGGGUUGUUGUUUGUGACAUGUAUUUGUCUAGUGCAGGUCAAGUUCUACCUAAGUAUGUGUGACUCAGAAUGAAUUGGACAUGAACAGUCCAAUUAUCCAGGCUUUCAUGGUAUAUGCUGGAAAAUAGGUAUCACAGUUUCUCUUAUCAUUUUUCACUAAGUGGCCUUCAUGUUUUUUUACUGGUUCGUGUGGCUGGUCCUUUUUCAAAAGGGGUGUAUAGAUGAAAACCACUGGUGAUCAUGUUUCAGUGAUGUGUGUGGAGAUCAAAGAAUCCCAUAAAAAAUGCCACAAAAUAGGGAGCAGUAAUUUUGUAGUUUUGUUGAUGCUAUGAAUUUUAAACUGAGGCUGGUGCAGUGCUUUCAUUGGAGGAGCUUCAGUCAGGCCCUGACUGUUUCUCUCUGUGCCUCUUAUGAUAGUCUUUAUUGAGCUUACCUACUGUCUCUGGAGAAGGACAGACUACUGUCACUCUUGAUUUCAACUUUAUGAUCUGAGUUUCCAGUCCUGAUCCGACAAAGACGCGUGUGGCCCAAUUGCCUGAAGUGACGCAUGAUUCUGUUUGCUAUACACUCCACGCGAGAGUCUGAAGGUUGCAUCAAAAAGACACAUGUGAUAACAUUACGCCAACAAUUAUGUCCAGCGUGACAUGUGUGGUUAAUGAUACAAAAACAGUUAGUGUUUUGGUAGAUGAAGGGGAUCAGAUCCAAACAGUACAGAAGUUACUGACUGCCACAGGUUUUUAACCCUGCUAUAGGCAUUUCGUCCUCAAUUGAUUUUAUUAUUACACCUUAAAAUGUAUUUAUGAAUCCUCAAUGUGUUGAUGAUAUGUCAUUAUCAUGAACAUGUGGAACUAAUAUUGUUUUUUUUCUUUUUGCGACCGUGGCUCAUUGUGCAGUUCACUUGGUUAGGACCAUGAAAAUUAUGUAUACCAAAUAAAAAGCUAAUU